AUGUCUGUGACCGCUUUUGCUGACGCAUUCCAUGGUAGACUAUCACCGAUCAAAAACUUUCUCGAAGAAUAUCCUGAAUGGAAAGACAAAUCGGGUCUAUGGCAAACGACAUUACUGUAUUCCGCAGCACGUCAUGGUCGAUUAGACAUAAUUCAAUAUUUAAUUGAAGAGGCACACUGUUCAAUCAAUGCUCAAAAUCAACGACAAGAGAAUUAUAUAACUGAGGUGACUUCAUCUACGGCCCUUCACCGUGCUUGUUCGCUUGGCCACUUAACCCUUGUAAACUAUUUGGUCGAACAUGGUGCUGAUUAUUUCAUUCGGAAUCAAAUGGGUCAAACCCCAAUUAUGGCAGGGAAACAUCAUGCCAAUAUCCAACAAUAUUUUCAAGAUUAUCUAAUCAUUAAAUAUUCGAUGGAUACACCCUCAAAUUUACCAGACUGUAACUUUUCCGAUGAUUCAAGAAGACCCAUGGCUGACGGUUGGUGGGAAUACAAACCUAUUCGAGAUCCUCAGUGGUACAAAUUUUCCAAAGUUGGUGCUGCCCAACUUCACGAAGCUCUAUUACCCUCCAAAGAAUUUCAAGAACAAGUUUAUCUAUCGUUGGGAAAAAAUUAUCUUUAUUAUAUUUCCAUGAUAGAUUUCUUUCGAUCAGGAAAUUAUGCCGACGAUCCAGAGAGCAAGGUCGCUUGGAUUCGCUACCGUGGAUCGAGUGUUUUCAGUUUCGAUUGCCAGGCUCUCUGGCAAAUCAUGCUACUGAAACAUCCAAAAAUGAGUGCUCGUUCAAAUACUACUCCAACGAUGGAAGUAGAAAGCAUUCCAGAAAUGAGUGACAAAACCUUUCAACCUCAACUCUAUACUUGGUACAGAUGCGAUACGAAGACAAAUCAAUUGUUGGAAGAUGCGAUCAAUAUGCGGCGCAAAAUUAUAAUAAUGCAUAUCAAUAGCAUUGGAGAGAAUUUGAGCAUAAACUUCGACACAUUUUUUCUGACGAACAAUGAUCAAACCAUUUCAGGUUACCUUCGUUGGAUUCCCAAAUUGAUCUCGAAUACUGAAAGAAAGAAACAUAAGAUCGUAGAAAUUGAUAAUUAUCAGCCAAUGACGAAUGUAGACCCGGUUCCUCUCACUACAAAACAUCUACGAGAUGUUGUCACCAAAGGUGCAAAUGAUCAAGAGGGGAACAUCUCUGGCGAUGAUGAUGUGGAUGACGAUAGUUCGGAUAAUGCGGAAAGGGCUGAUAUAAAAGAUAUUGACGACGUCGAUGAUGAUGAUGAUGAAUACCAAAACAGUGAAGAGAGUACUGACAAUUCUCAGGACACUCCUGCUCAAUCCGAAACAGCGGCUGAUCUUUCUGCAGAGGCAUUUUUCCAUCCAACUGUUGGUCAACUGCAGCAGAACGCAUUAGUUGAAAAAAGCAAUGGAGAUGAAAAUCAGCAAUUCGUUGACGUAAUGAUGGCUAAAAUCCGAUCGGUUAAUCAAAAGCUCAAAGAUAAAAUUGAACACGAACAGCGACGAAUUGAACUGACAACUCAACGCAAGCAGGAAUCUAAUCCAGAAGCAGAAAAACAGCUAAAACAGGCGCUAGAGCGAUUGGAACAAAUGCAACAACAAGUUGACAAACACAGCAAGCGAGAAAAGGCAGCAAAAUUAGUAAUGAGCCAAAUCAAAACCGUCAAUUAUAUUAAUGUCGAAGCAUUUGUUAUAGAAAACUUUUUGUAUUCGAAAUUAGCUGAUCUAAUCGAUCAUCUGAAUGAAGUCGAAGAGUUAGACGAGUUGAUCAAAGGAAGAAUUCCCAAAGUCACUAUUCGAGAACGAAACACUGCUUAUUGUAUAUCUGUAAUUGGUUUACAAUGUCAUCAUGAUGAAUUCAAGGUAAUCCUCCAACGAAUUCGAACAUUGUCCAAUCUAACUCGAUCAGCGAAAAAUUACUAUGAACGACAAUUGCAUCGAGUAAUCAAUGGCAUCCAUCGAUCGUUGAUCAUCGAGGAAAUUCCUUCACUAUCAGAUUGGAAAUGUUAUACCAAAAUUUUACGAAAACUGAUGCAGAACGAAAUAGAAACUUAUGUGAAAAAUUUUGAUGAUUAUAUUAUCAAACAAGCGAAAGAUAUCGUUUCUCAAUGUAUUGGAAAUGCUGGUUUUCAAUCAUGGGUUGCUAUACAUGAGAAGACGAAUGAGUACGGGAAUAAUCAUUCGUUUUCUGGUGAGAUCGAAGCACUAAAACAUAAAGCAUUGGAUGAAUUCGUCAAUGAACAAGUGGUCACUCGACCAUCUGGAUCUCAAAUAGUCCUAUCUGCCGCAUCUUUGCAAGUGAUGAACGAAUUUAUCAACAGAGCGAAGACUGAACUCAAAAAAAAUCGAAAAUUCAUCGGCACAAGUGAGGAUCAAUUUCGUCAUACAGCUUAUCUCUUACAGCGCAUUAUGUUGUAUUAUCGUUCAUGUCUUCUGAAAUUACCUUUGUAUGAAUCAUCAAAAUCUUUAUUAGACAAAAUAGAAAAGAACACAGUUGUAACUAUUGCCACUUCGACUGGAUCAGGAAAAUCUACCCUUCUACCAGCACUAUUGAUUGCAGAAGGAUAUGAUCGAGUUUGGGUCACCCAACCUCGCCGUUUACCAUGUACAUCGAUCUGCAAUCGAGUGAAUAAAACGAUGAUGAAUAUAAAAGAUCGAUUUCCAUUAGCUGGUUGGUCUGUGAGUGGUGCUGAACGCAAUACCGAUGCUCAAAUCUUGUACUUAACAGAUGGUCUCCUCAAAGAACGCCUUUUAUUCGGUUCAAAUUUUAUUGAAAAUGAAAUCAGAGGGGAUAAACGUAUCGUUCUGUUUGUUGAUGAAGUGCAUGAGAGAUCGAUUAACAUCGAUCUAUGUCUAGCACUCAUUGCUCGUCUUCUUACCGAACAACCAUCAUUGAGAUUGAAGCUUAAAGUAAUAAUCUCAUCGGCGACACUCGAUAAAUCCGUCCCGAAUCUGUUUCGCCAAAUUCCACAAUUAAAAUUCGAUCAAUAUCAAAUGCCAUUCAGCCAAACUCUUCAUAAGGUCGAGAAAAUCUAUCGAUCUAAAGAAAACAUUCUUGAUGUGGUACAAGAAUUAUGUCGUAAACGACAACAACACGAUCAAAUUCUCUGUUUUGUUAGCAGUGUCACCGAUGUCUAUCAGUAUUGUAAUUUGCUGGGCAAACUUAGUCACGGCAUAGUCAUUGCUCAUCCACUUGUUCAAUCACAAUCGGCGAGUGAACAACAACAAUGUAUUGAGCAUGGUACUAUUUUCUUCUCUACUACGGUUGCGGAAACGUCUCUAACAUUUCCGUUGUUGAAAUAUGUCGUGGAUACGGGUAUGAUCAACGUACCCAUCUACGAUCCGAAAGCGAAACAAACAACUUUGAAAGAAGUGCCUGCUUCAGAAUCGACCAUUAAACAACGUUUAGGUCGACUUGGACGAACCAAUCCAGGUGAAUAUCAUGCUCUGUAUGAUUCAAAAAUGGAACGACGAAUCUACCCCAAGCCUCAUGUGUGUCAAUCGAAUUUAAUCGAUGUAGAAUUUUCAUUACGGAGAUCUUUGUUAGACAAUGGGUUAUCUCAUCUGAAGAAAUUCCUUCCAGAUCCACCUGAAUCGACAUUGAUUGAGGACGCAAUAGAAGAACUAGAACGAUUAGGUAAGUAG